AUGCCUUACGGAGUACCCUGGCCUAGAUUUCUAGCAUUCUCAAUCUCAGCUCUGUCAAGCAGUUUAGUAGGCUCACAGUUAGUGCACAAUUAUUACCAGCCUCUGGCUGAUAUGGAUGAGCUCAUACGUAAAGAAGUUGAGCGCUUAAAAGCUGAGAAAGGAAUUGUUGAUGAUAAUCUAAAGUAGAGGCCCCUUGCGUGAUUUAUAAUUAUGUUGUAAAUAAAUAGCGUUGUUACUCAGAAUAAAUUAUUUUUUAUCUGAA